CCUAGUAGCCAAUGCGCACGCAACCUCUACAGUCUACGGACGACAGGCGCCCCGGCACUACCGUCCAACCAACCACACCAACACACCGCCAUGUCACUCCGGCGCCUGCUAGGCUUCUCCGCCACCGUCUCCGGCCGCCUCCCCCUCCGCCGCUGCCUCACCACCGCCGCCGCUCCGCACCCACCAUGCCCCCGCUCCCCCUCCACCGCCGCCCCCAAGCACCCGCCGUGGGCCAUGAUUGACUACAACUCCCUCGUCGACGAAUCGUCGUCGGCGCCGGGCGCGUGCUUCGGCCCCGUCGAGCCUCCACUUGUCUCCCGCAUCACCGCCCCGGCGCACCUCCUCAAUCCCAGGGAGCGCCCCGCCGCCGGCAGCAGCGUCGUCCAACUCGUCACCGGCCACGUCAACGCCACCAGCGGCGACGGCCACCUCCUCCUCGCCUACUACGACAUCCUAGGGGAGGGUCCCCGAGAAUCCUGGAACGGCAACGCCGACGUCGAGGCCGAGCGCUGCAUCUGCAACCCCAUCAGCGGCGAGGUGCUCCGCCUCCCGUACCCCGGUGGCCCCGGAGGGUCCAGGAAGAACCUGGGCCACCGCCACAUGGGCCUCCUCACCCAAGCCGGCGGCGGUUGCGGGCACGGCCCCCCUGACAGGUUCGCCGUCGCCGACAUCGUCAGCCAGCGUGACCGCAUCGUCGAUCGGUUUCUCCCGGAGGUAGGCAGGUGGGAUCUGCUUCUUGGCGUACCAUGCCGGCCACCGCUCGCGUGGGAGAUGGAGAUGGACCAAGAGACGGUGGCCUUCGCCGGCCGCCUCUGGUGGGUCGACCUGACCUGCGGCGCCGUCUCCAUGGACCCGUUCAGCAACCAGCCGGAGCUCCGCUUCGUCCCGCUGCCGAAUGGCACCUCGCUCACCUUCAUUCUCUUGGAACACAAAGACUCGAGCGCGGAGCAUCUUGCCCAGUUCAGGCGGGAGGUGGCCAAGUGCCGGCGCAUCGGCGUCAGCGAGGGGAGGCUGCGCUUCGUUGACGCGUCCAUUCACGACCCAUUCCUGCUCAGCUCGUUUGUGCUUGACGACGAGGCCAGGAGCUGGACGCUGGAGCACCAGGUGGAGCUCAGGAAGGUCUUGGAGGAUGGAGGCCACCCGUGCGAACAGGCGAAGAGGCCGCCGCAGAUCGCCGUCAUCGACCCACUCAACGCCGACAUCAUCUACAUCACCGUCGGCGAGCAGAAGCACAUCGUCGCCGUGGACAUGUACCAGGAGAAGGUGAUUGGGAGCUCUCCGCUUCAAAACCAAUACCAUUCGCUUGUACCAUGCGUUCUUCCACCCUGGCUUGGAUCAAGCCAGAUUCCUAACAAAGGAACUGCCUCCAUGCCUUCAGAAUGGCCGCAGGGCUAUCAUCAGCGUCGUUCUAGCAACGGUUCUUCUGAGAAAGUACUUAAGGUGGCAGACGGAAGGUUGGUGCUUGCUUGAAGGAUGCGGAAGAAUCAUCUAAAGGUUUGCUAAUUUUACCUGUUUUAGGUUUAGUUCAAAUGUGCUCAUUGUUUAGUUGUGCACGUCCGCAUAGGCAAGUGAGUUCCCAGACCAUGUUCACACUGGAAGCUGAGAAACUCUGAUAAAAACAGAGCAGAGAUGGAUUCCUAUUAAUCCUUUUGGUGAACGCAAAUUAGAAUGUUUUUACUUUAUGCAUGUUCUUUUUGAGUUUGCUUUACGCAAAUUGAAUACUUGUUACCGUCUUUAAAAUCAUAGUCCUUGUGGUUUAUAUUUUUUGAGUUGGAAACUGGAAGGUACUCCCAGAAACCUUACCGCUGCUUUUCUUUGGUUGAAAGUAUUUUGAUUAUUGCUGUGGACUGUGGUUUUGGUUCGUUGUGAACUGCAACCCUCAUAUUUACAUAUCUGCUGUUUUACAAUUGAUUGGUGUUACUCGCAAAUGUUUUUGAAAUGGAUGCAAUUUAGACUAUUAGGCAUAGACACGUCGGGUAGGCAGCAGGUCUGGUUCGAACCAUUGUUACACUCCGAAUGCCACCAGUGCCUAGUUGGCUACUCAAAUAGGGCUGUGUUUUGUCAACUUAACCUCGAAAUAAAUUGAUUCAGGAAAUGAGCCUUUGAACCUUUUGGAGUGGUCUAGUAGCAUUGGAGAUCUCAUGUUCCUUCUGUACCCAUUUCUAAGACCUCUGGAUCUGCCGUUAUCCACGUGAAAAUUCAGGUAAAGGUUUGUCAUUUCCUUCAUUGAGCAAAGCAAGAGCUCAAUUCUUUGAGUGCCCAAGGAUUGAAUUCUUUCAUUCACAUAUUAUACCACCUAGGAAAGCAAAAAUAAAUAAAUAAAUUCAUUUAGAGCAACUCUAGCAGUCGGCAUUUUGGCAUCCUCCAUAACGCGUAUGGAGCGCGCUCCAUGCUAUUAUGGAGGCCGGCAAGGCAAAGCGCAAACUUGGAGUCGCCAUAUUGGCAGCCUCCAUAUUUUUUUCUUUUCUUUUCUGUUUUUUGGGUUGCAUUAACUAAAU